UAUAAAGGCACCCUCUCCCUUUCUGUCUCCCUCACAACUCACUCCGGCCUCCUCCUCCAGCUUUAAUUCGCAGAGCGACCCCCAGUCCAGCGCGCGCGGGUAGUCCACACACACACACCUUCGUUCCCAGUUCCCACCAAUACACAGCGAUUGAGCCGCGCGCCAGUGGACGCACACACGCGGUAGCUUUAGCUUCGUUCUCAAGCUUAGCCCGGCCGAUUCUACGCGCGCGGAGUGUUCGUCUCGUUCGUUCCGGCAGCAGGCGGCGAAGUACGACGACGACGACGAGCUAGAGAGCGAGGAUGUCGAGCCGAAGGUCGUCGUCGUCGCGUGGCAACAUCUCCGAGGACGAGAUCAACGAGCUCAUCUCCAAGCUCCAGGCCCUGCUCCCCAGCUCCCGCCGCCGCGGCUCCGGCCAGGCGUCGACGACGAAGCUGCUGAAGGAGACCUGCAGCUACAUCAAGAGCCUCCACCGGGAGGUCGACGACCUGAGCGACCGGCUGUCGGACCUGAUGUCCACUAUGGACCACAACAGCCCCGGCGCGGAAAUCAUCCGCAGCAUCCUCCGCUCCUGAUCACGUACCUCCUACUGCGGCGCCGGCGCCGGGCCGGGGGCUGCGCGUGAGAGCUAGCGAGGUCAACGCCGGCCUCGUCGCCGACGACGACGACCGCAACCGUUCUCCGCCUGAUCCGGCUGGCCACGUGCGGGAGCUGAGCUCAAUUAGCUAGGGUAUAUAUAUAUCUUUCUCUCUACAAGUAUGUGUAUCUUUCUCUGCCUUUUACCUGUCUCCCUAGAUCUGAGAUCAUGUGGCUAGCUCCAUAUCAAAAUGUACUAGCUACACGCACACGUAUGAUGGUCUCUGCUAAGCUUCACACUGGGUAGGGUACUACUAGCGCACUAGGGCCUAAGCAAGCUUAUCCCCCGGCCUCCUCACUUUAGCUCCUCGCACUCUCUCGAUUCUCGUCGAUCUUCUCGUCGUCGUGUCCUCCGGUCGAUCCAUAUGCAUGAUGGCUAGCUCCAUGUGAUCUCUCUGUGUAUGUCCUCCUCCUAGCUCGCACGUACCGCCUCACCAGCUUCUUAUUUUGAUGUUCCCCUCACUUGUACUGUUUCCUUGUAAAUUUAGUCGGUGGCUUGGAUCGAGUUGGCUAGCUCUCUCUCUACAGGCAAGAGACAACCGACCGACCACUACUACCCUAGAGCAAAUUGAUUAUCCAUGCAUCAUGAUGAUGUACUGUUCAAGCUUUUUAUUAACGACUUUAAUUACUUGCUACGUACAGUACGUUGUACGUCCUUACGAGAA